GGCAACACGCUCCUCAUGCUCGCCGCGUACAGCGGGCACCCCGCGCUCGUCACGGGCCUCCUCGCGCGCGGCGCGGACCCGGACCGCGCGAACGACACGGGCCAGACGCCGCUCGCGGGCGCCGUCUUCAAGGGCGAGGACGCCGUCGUGCGCGCGCUCCUCGCCGCCGGCGCGGACCCCCGCGCGGGUACCCCGUCCGCGAUCCACACCGUGCGCAUCUUCAAGAAGGCGGACCUCCUCGCGCUUUUGGGCGCGACGGGCGCGGAUCUGCGCGACGCGCUGCCCGCGAUGCCGGGCCCGCCGGGGCGCGCGUAG